CUCAUAUCAUCCUCGAGGUCUGGCUCUAAGAAUGGACUCCACGCUGCUGUUGCUCUUCCUCUGGGCUCUGACUGGGACCGCUUCCCCACAGUCUUCAGCAGGGUCGUGUGUGGAGAGACUUCAGGGAGGAGAGAGGAGACAGAGAACGUGUCCUCGGACCUGCAAAACCGACGCUGAAUGCGGCAGCAAGCGGCAGUGUCUGUGCGACGGCCAGUGCGGUCUCAGCUGUGUGGCUCCAGGUCGUACUUGUCCCUGGCCUCUUCCCCAGGGACGAGAAACCUGGGAGGUUCGCCUCCUCUCCUCCACCCCCGUCUUCUCUGCCCUGCUAGAAGUGCGCUGUAAGCCAGGCUUCACGUUGCCCGAUGGCUUGGAUGUCAUCGUUCGCCGGUGUCAGGGUGACCGGCAGUGGAGCGGGGAGGAGCCCACAUGCACAGAGGUUCAGUCACCUGAACACGCUCCCGCCCGGACCUGUCCUCUGCCAGAGGAGGUGAUCAACACCUUCAGCAUCCAUGGCAAUGCCACUGUGGGGACUUCAAUCCGCUACAGCUGCCUGUCUGGGGCGGACGUAGUUGGGAGCAGAGAAAAUUUCUGUCAGGAGAACCAGACCUGGCUGCAUCCUCACCCGGUCUGUAAAAAACUGUUCUGCAAGCCUCCAAAGGAAGUGGAAAAGGGCUACGUGGUUGCAAUCCAGAAGACCGAGUACGAGGUCGGCUUUGACAUCCACUAUCUAUGCAAGAAGAACUACCUGCUGGACGGACCCCAGAAGAUCACCUGUCUGUCAAAUGGCAGCUGGAGCGCGUCUCCACCACACUGCAGAGCCCGCUGUGUCAUCCCUGCCGACCGAAGCCGCGUUGUGAUUGGUGGAGUGAAGCGUUGGCCGUUUGAUGUCACGGACGCCAUGGUUCCCCACGGGGAAAACGUGACAUUCUACUGCAAACAUCCCAAGAAGCAGUGCAGCUUCACUGCAGCUCAGACCUGCUUUGACGGGAAGCUGCAGACACCCGAGUGCUACCUUGAGCCCACAUGGUUGCAGUAUAAACUCUUCCCACAUCGGCUGGUGUCGGAAAUUGCGACGUGCGCGCCCGGUGACGUAGAGUGAUCGCCUAACACGUCUGAUCUCAAGCGACCAAGACAUGCAUCUGUUUGUGACCCCCCUGAAUGCUCAGCACAGCUUCAUGUGCUUUAAUUGUGCUCAUUGUGCAGCAUCUGUUAGGAUUGUGACAGUUAUUGUGAAUUAGUCUUAGCUCUUCAUCUUGGGUUUAGGGCCUCACUGCUCUAAUUUUUCUUGCGCACUAAUCGAAAAGGCAUUGUUAUUACAUCCAAAACCUUGCAAGUGUUACUUCGGCGCUGCUGCAGCUUGAGUUGCUCCAUGCCGUAAAGUAUUUUAACAUGAUGGAACGCAGUGGCGGUUCGUAGUUGAAAAGCAUCCAGGGUGAGUGUUAUAGGUAUAAACAGUUCACUGCAAACCUGUGGCAGAUAUUUCUACAAAAGGAUUUAUGGAUGACAAAUAAGAGGAGCAGGUGAAUUAAUCAAUGUAUGGAUACAACAUUUAGACAACUUUUUCUAUGCCUGAGACGUAUUCAAAUCAAAAAUCCACACUUUUCUAGGCCAGUGAGCCCUCUGAACAGGGUUGCAACUGACAGAUUUUUUUUUUUUUUACUUAUGUCGCCCCUGAGAAUGUGCUUCCCUGGGAAGUGAGCCAUAACACCCAUACCAUAAACCGCCACUGGAUGUCUGUAUAGUUCAUUAGUAGCUGCUGUAUUAUCCAAUGCCAUGACUCUGUGACAUAUUUCACUGUGAGAUCUUUGCCUUCCUGCUGCUCAGUCUGACACACCAAGCCUGCGGGGCUUGUGAGCUUUGUAUUUUUGAUGUUUAAAAUAAAGAACAAACAUGUGAAAAAUAAUAAAAAAUAAAAUAAAUAAAAACGGA